UCAAAUUUUUUUAUUUUCUCAGCAACAUAGUAGCAUAACCAUAGUAUAUUCAAUCAAGUUCGACAAUUAAAACGUCGAGCAAUGGGAAAGCGGCUAAGAUUUCAUCGUUGCGAGGAUUCGAGAUUGCAGCAUCGGACGAAGCAGAUGUCGCAAAAUUUGGUUUGGGUGCCAAAAAUACCUAAAUGGGAGAGGGAAUUCUGCUACAAAAUAGGGUCAUUCACAUGGGAAAAUUUCAUAGAAGCCAAGAAACAAACAAGAUUCUCAUACAAAAUCAUGGAUUGGAACGACUAUGCUGCAAAAGAGGCCUUCCUUAGUAGCAAAAAUAGAUUCUUCGCCACGAUAAAUGGCAGCCUCUCUGAUUCUGAUGACUUAAAUCCCGACCUAUACAUUGACGAAAUACAUUGGGACGAGCCGAAUGGCCAUGAUGAUGGGUUCGAUAUGCCAAGCAUUAGUGAUACAGAAGACGAAGACGAAGACGAAGAAGCGAAUGCAGUUGAUGUUAGUUAUUGGGAUUUCAAGCCCACGGGAUGGGAAUGUGAUUGUAAAGAUGAAAGAUUGUCAGAGGGGAAGGAUUUUAUAAAUAGAUAA